UGUUACCCAGUGUGAUGUCAUACAUUGUCGCGUCCUUAGCACACGAGCUAAGUCGGCUAGCGUUGAUUAAUUGGCAAUGAGAUGGCGCACAAAUUGUCAGCUCAUAGUGAAUACAUAAGACUUAUAUUGUUUAGUCAGAGGAUCUCCAACUGGAGUAAUCACAGAGAGGUGAUCUGAAAAUGUAUCAGUGCCCCAUUUGUCCAAAAUCGUUCCCAUCGCUGUAUAAACUCCAGAGACAUCAUAUCAUCCAUACUGGCCAGAAGCCCUUCAUCUGUAAAAUUUGUGGAAAAGCCUUCACAGAGUCAGAACAUUUAAAAACACACUCGGAAAAAAAUCACUAUUCAAGGCUCCUAAGGGACAGUUUUCAGGAUGGCAUUUCAACUAAUAACCAGAUGGUCCUACAAUUAAACCAUGAUAAACCAACUGCAGUGAUGAACACACAUGGCAGUGGUAAUUGCACCAUAAUACCAUCAACAGUGUCUUCUUCUGUGGCCUCCCAGCCAGAAUGGAAAGGGGAAAUUAUGACUCACAAAUGUUUUCUUCCCUCCGCUGAAAAUGGAAAUCCACCCAAAAAUAUGCCACAUGUAAAUGAUGGCUCUGUGAUGAGCAGUGACUCAGAUGUUAUGGAUCCAAAACAUCAGAAGCAAGUUGAUUCUGCAAAUGCUGACACAUCUGUAUGCAACCACCACAGCGGAUACACCUGCAAAGUCUGCUUGAAGUCAUUUACGUCAUCUCUUCAGCUUUGGAUUCACUCACCAACUCAUAAUAAACCAAAACAAUCUGAGAGAGGCAUGUCUGGGCAGACUUUUUGUAAAAAUGCACAUUCAAAGAUGUCACAAGAACUGAGCUCCAGCAGAAGAAAAAUUACUUUUAAACACCAGUGUCCUAAAUGCCUCAAAACCUUCUGUUCACCAUCCAAAUUACAACGACAUUUACUUAUUCAUACAGGGCAGAAACCCUACUCAUGUAUGAUCUGCUGCAAAGCAUUUAGACAGAAGGUACACUUGAAAUCCCAUUUAAGCACUUCAAAUAAAUGUUCACUUUCUGCAAACAAUGCAGGGAAAAAACAGAGUCUUUGUAAUGGCAGUCAGACUUCAGAUCUGCAGCUUCAGUCGUCACUUCAGCAGCCCACCAGCCACCAGGCUCCUGUGAAUUCAGCAGUGGAACUAGAGCUACAAUGUAAAAUAAGUGUAAAUGCUAUGCAGGCCCCGAGCAAGACUGAAAUCAAGUCAGGUGCAGUUGGAGAACCAGAACAACUGUUAAAUACAAGUAGUCAGAGUAUGUGCCAGAAGUCAGGUGAACAAGAGCAGCAAUACAUGACCCAUAAAGACUUGAAACCAUUCCGAUGUAUGAUCUGCAACAGAUCUUUUAGGUUGGAAGUUAAUUUAAUACGUCAUCACAAAAUUCACAGGAAACAAAAAGAAUUGGCAGCCCCUGCACAGGACAUGGAGAAUAAUGUGAAAAGAUCUCAUUCUGAGGCAAUAAAACAUUCAUCUGAAACCAAUAAUGCAGACCCCAUUGACUUAAACGUCAUUGUUAAACCAGAAACAUGGAGUGAAAAUCUCAGUGAUCUCAAUGAAUCUCCUCAGGAUGCUGAGUUAAUUACAUCAGCGGAACAGCAGAGUGAAACAUGUCAAGCCGCCGGCAAAAAGCAGAGAACAAACACUUCACAUCAGUGCCAUGCAUGUUCAAAAUGUUUUCCAUCUUCAUCAAAACUUCAAAGGCACAUAAUGACUCAUACUGGACAAAGGCCCUUUGGCUGUGAGAUGUGUGGAAAGAGAUUUCGUCAGAAAACACACUUGAGGGUACAUUGUCGCACUCACCUGUGGUCCAGAUAUCACAAACAGCGAUCACUGUAUAUCAACAGGCCGCCUUCUCGCAUAGGUGGGUUUAAUACAAGGACUGCAGGAGAUAUCCCAAUCCAGGAAAUGUUCACACAUAAAAGGGACUUUGAGACACACAAUGGCAGUGAUUUAAUCUCUGCAAAACAGCUGGAUCAGACCCCUUCUAUGGCAAUUGUUCAGACUCAUGACAACAGAGAAUGGGAGGACAAAGUAUUGCUGCAUACCUCAAAGAAAAAUGAGGUUGUGCACCUGAGUAAGGUUCCUAAGGUUCUUCCCUCUGCUGACAACGGAAAUCCACCCAAAAAUAUGCUACAUGUAAAUGAUGGCUCCUUGAUGAGCAGUGAAUCAGAUGUUAUGGACCCAAAAUAUCAGAGGCAAGUUGAUUCUGCAAAUGCUGACACAUCUGUAUGCAAAGCCCAAAACAGAUACACCUGCAAAGUCUGCCUGAAGUCAUUCACUUCAUCUCUUCAGCUUUGGAUUCAUUCACCAACUCAUAACAAACCAAAACAAUCUGAGAGAGGCAUAUCUGGGCAGACUUUUUCUGAAAAGGCACAAUUGAAGAUGUCACAAGAGCUGAGCUCCAGCAGAAGAAAAAUUACUUUAAAACACCAGUGUCCUAAAUGUCUCAAAACCUUCUGUUCACCAUCCAAAUUACAACGACAUUUACUUAUUCAUACAGGGCAGAAACCCUACUCAUGUAUGAUCUGCUGCAAAGCAUUUAGACAGAAGGUACACUUGAAAUCUCAUUUAAGCACUUCAAAUAAAUGUUCACUUUCUGCAAACAAUGCAGGGAAAAAACAGAGUCUUUGUUAUGGCAGUCAGACUUCAGAUCUGCAGCUUCAGUCGUCACUUCAACAGCCCACCAGCCAUCAGGCUCCUAUGAAUUCAGCAGUGGAACUAGAGCUACAAUGUAAAAUAAGUGUAAAUGCUGUGCAGGCCCCUAGCAAGACUGAAAUCAAGUCAGUUGCAGUUGGAGAACCAGAACAACUGUUAAAUACAAGUAGUCAGAGUAUGUGCCAGAAGUCAGGUGAACAAGAGCAGCAAUACAUGACCCAUAAAGACUUGAAACCAUUCCGAUGUAUGAUCUGCAACAGAUCUUUUAGGUUGGAAGUUAAUUUAAUACGUCAUCACAGAAUUCACAGGAACCAAAAAGAAUUGGCAGCCCCUGCACAGGACAUGGGGAAUAAUGUGAAAAGGUCUCAUUCUGAUGCAAUAAAACACUCUUCUGAAGCCAUUAACGCAGACCCCAUUGACUUAAACAUCAUUGUUAAACCAGAAACAUUUAGUGAAAAUCUCAGUGAUCUCAAUGAAUCUCCUCAGGAUGCUGAGUUAAUUACAUCAGCAGAACGACAGAGUGAAACAUGUCAAGCCACCAGCAAAAAGCAGAGAACAAACACUUCACAUCAGUGCCAUGCAUGUUCAAAAUGUUUUCCAUCUUCAUCAAAACUUCAAAGGCACAUAAUGACUCAUACUGGACAAAGACCCUUUGGCUGUGAGAUGUGUGGAAAGAGAUUUCGUCAGAAAACACACUUGAGGGUACAUUGUCGCACUCACCUGUGGUCCAGAUAUCACAAACAGCGAUCACUGUAUAUCAACAGGCCGCCUUCUCGCAUAGGUGGGUUUAAUACAAGGACUGCAGGAGAUAUCCCAAUCCAGGAAAUGUUCACACAUAAAAGGGACUUUGAGACACACAAUGGCAGUGAUUUAAUCUCUGCAAAACAGCUGGAUCAGACCCCUUCUAUGGCAAUUGUUCAGACUCAUGAAAACAGAGAAUGGGAGGACAAAGUAUUGCUGCAUACCUCAAAGAAAAAUGAGGUUGUGCACCCAAGUAAGGUUCCUAAGGUGACUGUGAAAAAUACACAGACUGCUAAAUCGAAACAAAAUACAGACAAUGUAAAACACAAGUGCUUCCAGUGUUUCAAAUGUUUUCCGAGUGCCUCUAAAUUACAAAGGCAUGAGAUGGUACACACAGGCUUGAAACCAUUUCAGUGUCAUAUGUGUGGGAAAGCAUUCAGGCAAGCUUCACAUCUGAAAACCCAUGAAAGAUUUCACUGUAAGAGUAAGCCAUCCAAGCCAGUCAAUCAACAGUGGAACAUCAGAAAAUUUAAAGCGAAUAGUCAACAGGAGCUUUACCCAAGGAUCAGUGUUGGUAUUCCACCACAGAAAAAAUCUGUGAACAUAAAUACUGCACAUUCAAUUGUUGAUGGUGCUGUGAGUAUUGGAGAAAGUGAGCUGGUCUCCACCAGGCGUGAAAUAUCCAUCACAAAAGUGAACAGAAUCAUUAAGAAAAGAACUAAAAGUAAUGUGAUUUGUAAAAAAAGGAAACUUCACAUGUGCCGAAUAUGUUUAAAGAACUUUGCUUCUCCAUACAAGCUCUCAAGACACUUGCUCAUUCACCCUGGGAUAAGGCCAUACAAAUGCACUUUGUGCAGCAAAACCUUCACACAUUGUAAUAAUUUGAAAGUUCAUGAAUGUAGAUGUAGACAUGGUAACAGGACCUCAGAUUAUUAUCAAAGAGAAAUGACAAAUACUAAUCAUCUCCAAGAUAAAUGCAUUGAAAACCUCACUGAUUAUACAGACUUUAAUGUAGGUGCAGCAAGAGACCAACCAGAGUCACAUUAUACCAGUGUUGGUCAUUUCACACUUACUGAUAGAGAAUUUUCUGAUUGCAUUGAAGCAAUAGAUUCUGAAUGGUUGGCAGUGCCAGAGGUUAGUUUACAAGAGGCAAAUAAUGAAUCAAAUGAACAGCUGACAGAAAAUUGUAAUCAGGCUACAGACCAUUAUAGUUAUUCAUUUCCUUCUGAACUUGCCUUUGAAAUAAAUAAACUGGUCCAAAACGAAAAUAUGGGAGGUUCACCUUUGUCACAUCAGUAUGAGGGCAAUAAUGUAGAAAUACCAGGUCAGUUUAGAGAAGCUUUGGCUAUGUCAGAUAGCAACAAUCAGCUCAGUGAUGGAUGUGUGAGUUCUGUGGCUGCGAAUCAAAUCCAAGCAGAUUUGCCAGAUUAUUACUGGUGUGAACCAGUAGGGGUGUUUGAAGAUGACAAUUGCACUGUAAGUUUUAAGAGCAAGAAAGAUCUUCAGGAACAUAACUGUACAACUAGUGUUCAACCUAAAAUGACAGUUUCCACUCAAAAAUAUUGUUGUGAUAUUUGCUUCAAGUACUUUGUGUCUCCCUCUAAACUUAAAAGGCAUUAUCUUAUCCACACAGGUCAGAGGCCAUUCAGAUGUGACAUUUGUGGCAAAACUUUCACACAGUCAGCACAUGUCAGAACACACCGACUAAUUCACUAAUUAUUGGAAUAAUAUUGUGUAAUGUUUGUAUAUUUUGGUAUAAAAUCCCUGGUGUUAUGAUCAUGAUGUGUAAUUAGUAUGAUGGUAUUGUACAAUACAUAGCACAUAUAUUGUCAACUUCAUAUCAUAUAUUCAGUAUAUUUUCCAGAUUUUAUAAAUUUGAUCAUAAAAAAUGUUUCUUGUUUUAUUGUAUAGUGCAUUUUGUUUAAUUUGA